GUGAACGCUGACGGAGCAGAGUUGCCCUUGCACUUGCGUUGCAGGUUCAAGUUCCUAGAAGCUAGCUAAGCUUGUACGCGCAUGGCCAGUGCUUGCGUGCUCCGUGGUGCGGUGCUUGUGGUGUGCGUCCUCCUGGUUCUCUCGUCCGCAUCUGCAGCGGCCGAGGCGGCUGGCCGGCAAAGAGGUCAUGGGAGAGAGGCCACGGCGCCGGCGGCGAUGGCAAUGGCAGCAGGUGGGCGCUUCGUCAGGAAGGUGCUGCGGGAGGAGAUGGUCCAGGCGGGACGCCAGGGCGACAUUGGCCAGUCUAAGAGGACCAGCCCCGGCGGCCCAGACCCGCAGCAUCACUAGAUGAUGUCGGUUCACGGCGGUCUCGUUGCAUGCACGCAGUUUUCAUGCAACAAAUUACGUAUCUGCCGGGCAUCAUAGGGGCCUGAAUUCAAGCCGAUCUAGCCAGCUUGUGUUCCUGUCUUGCAUGCUAGCAAAAGAGAAAAUUUUGUUUUUCCCCAAGCAUAUAUGUAUACAGUGUACGUACGUCCUCGUUGAUAUCUACGGAUUACCUUUGACUAGUAGUGUACUACCACGUUACGAUAGAAGCACCAUGUGUGUGGAAUGGGUUAUAUAUAUGUUGUGAGUGGUUUCUCAGAAUGAAUACGUUUCAACUUUUAUCCGCAUUUUUCAUGGUUUUGCACAAAUCUCAGUUUAUUGGAUUAUCUAACUUGCUUGUCCCAAAUUCUUUAAAACUCUGCCACAUUAUAAUAUUUCGAUCAACAAUUUCUUUUCCAUUCCCCUAGCUUACUUAUACAUAAUUAGUACUCCCUCCGUUUUUUCUUCAUAUAAGUUUUUUCAGAAGUCAAAGUACCUCCAAUUUGACCAAAACAUGUAGGAUAAAAUAUCAAC